CGCAGAAGCUUCUCGAGCGCGGUAUUAAAAGCGCAGCCCGAAGUUGCCGUUGUCAGUCUCGCAGAGAAUUACAAACGAACAGUUUGCACGUUGCGUAAAAUCGCGCGAACACAGCUUUGAAUACAGUCUUUGAAGUACUAGAAAAUUGAAUAUAAGUAUCUGAUAUAUAUACCGAGAUCGCUAAUAAACGAAGGAAAUAACAAUGUCGAAAGCACCGGCAGUAGGAAUCGACUUGGGCACUACGUACUCUUGCGUAGGUGUUUUCCAGCAUGGCAAGGUUGAGAUCAUCGCGAAUGAUCAAGGCAAUCGGACCACACCAAGUUAUGUUGCAUUCACCGACACCGAGAGGCUGAUUGGUGAUGCGGCAAAGAAUCAGGUUGCUAUGAAUCCCAGCAAUACUAUCUUCGAUGCAAAACGUUUGAUCGGUCGCCGAUUCGAAGAUGCAACGGUACAGAGCGACAUGAAGCAUUGGCCCUUCACAGUGGUCAAUCAGGAUGGUAAACCAAAGAUCAAGGUUUCUUACAAGGGUGAGACGAAAAGCUUCUUCCCCGAGGAAGUGUCCUCUAUGGUACUAACAAAGAUGAAGGAAACGGCGGAGGCAUAUUUGGGCAUGACUGUCACGAAUGCCGUUAUUACCGUACCAGCUUACUUUAAUGACUCUCAGAGACAAGCGACGAAGGACGCCGGCGCUAUCGCUGGUCUGAACGUUCUCAGAAUAAUAAACGAGCCUACAGCGGCUGCGAUAGCGUACGGUCUCGACAAGAAAACCUCGGGCGAGAAGAAUGUCCUCAUCUUCGAUCUUGGUGGCGGUACUUUCGACGUGUCCAUUUUGACGAUUGAGGACGGCAUUUUCGAAGUGAAAUCCACAGCCGGCGAUACUCAUCUUGGUGGUGAAGAUUUCGACAAUCGAAUGGUCAACCAUUUCGUUCAGGAGUUCAAGAGGAAGUACAAAAAAGAUCUGAGUACCAACAAAAGAGCAGUAAGACGUCUGAGGACGGCUUGCGAAAGAGCAAAGAGAACGCUGAGCUCAUCGACACAAGCGAGUAUUGAGAUUGACUCGCUGUUUGAGGGUAUUGACUUCUAUACGUCUAUCACCAGGGCCAGGUUCGAGGAGCUCUGCGCUGAUCUGUUCAGGAGCACUCUCGAACCCGUAGAGAAGGCAUUAAGGGACGCGAAGAUGGAUAAGGCUCAAGUCCACAGCAUAGUUCUAGUCGGUGGCUCCACCAGGAUACCAAAGAUACAAAAGUUGCUACAGGACUUCUUCAAUGGCAAGGAGUUGAACAAAUCUAUUAACCCGGAUGAGGCCGUCGCUUACGGCGCAGCGGUCCAAGCGGCCAUCCUGCACGGUGACAAGUCUGAGGAGGUACAGGAUCUGCUUCUGUUGGAUGUGACUCCAUUGUCACUGGGUAUUGAGACCGCUGGCGGUGUCAUGACCACAUUGAUCAAGAGAAACACUACAAUACCUACGAAGCAAACUCAAACGUUUACCACGUACUCGGACAAUCAGCCGGGAGUACUUAUUCAAGUUUACGAAGGAGAGAGAGCGAUGACUAAAGAUAAUAACAUUCUUGGCAAAUUUGAGCUUACGGGAAUUCCACCCGCGCCUAGAGGCGUGCCGCAGAUCGAAGUUACUUUCGAUAUUGACGCCAAUGGUAUUUUAAACGUUUCUGCGAUUGAGAAGUCUACGGGUAAAGAAAAUAAGAUCACGAUUACCAACGACAAAGGUCGUUUGUCGAAAGAAGAUAUCGAAAGAAUGGUAGACGAAGCCGAAAAAUAUCGAUCGGAGGACGAACAGCAGAGAGAAAGAAUCUCCGCUAAGAACUCUCUCGAGUCGUAUUGUUUCAACAUGAAGAGCACGAUGGAGGAUGACAAGGUUAAAGACAAGAUUGAGGCGUCUGAUAAAGAGAAAGUGAUUUCCAAAUGCAACGAAAUCAUCUCGUGGUUGGACGCCAAUCAAUUAGCAGAGAAAGAAGAGUUUCACGACAAGCAGAAGGAACUGGAAGCUAUUUGUAAUCCUAUCGUUACAAAGCUUUAUCAAGGAGCGCCUGGCGGCGCUGGUGGAGCAGGGCCCAAUCCUAGCACUGGUGGUGCCGGACCAACUAUCGAAGAAGUCGAUUAAUUUAGCUAAUUCGUUUUUCUUUUCGCACAGCGUGGACAACGCCAAAUAUCGUUUCUACUUAACGCAGGCCGCAUUGUUACAUAAUUUUUGCAUAUUUAUAUUUCGAUUCGUUUCGUGUAAAAACAUCUGUAUUUUUCAUUUUCUAAAGUCCAU